AGGAGGGAAGCGAGCGCAGACGGAUUGUCAGCCGGGCAGCCCUGGUCCUGUGGGUCCCCCCUGCGCACCAUGUCCUCCGCUCACUUCAACCGAGGCCCUGCCUACGGGCUGUCUGCUGAGGUCAAGAACAAGCUGGCCCAGAAGUAUGAUCACCGCCGCGAACAGGAGCUGAGGGAGUGGAUAGAAGGGGUGACGGGCCGGCGCAUAGGCAACAACUUCAUGGAUGGCCUCAAAGACGGCAUCAUCCUUUGCGAAUUUAUCAAUAAGCUCCAGCCGGGCUCUGUGAAGAAGGUGAACGAGUCCACCCAAAACUGGCACCAGUUGGAGAACAUCGGCAACUUCAUCAAAGCCAUCACUAAGUAUGGGGUGAAACCGCACGACAUCUUCGAGGCCAAUGACCUGUUUGAGAACACCAACCACACGCAGGUGCAGUCCACGCUCCUGGCUCUGGCCAGCAUGGCCAAGACAAAAGGAAACAAGGUGAACGUGGGGGUGAAAUAUGCUGAGAAGCAAGAGCGGAAAUUUGAACCUGAGAAGCUAAGAGAAGGGCGGAAUAUCAUUGGACUGCAGAUGGGCACCAACAAAUUUGCCAGCCAGCAGGGCAUGACGGCCUAUGGCACCCGGCGCCACCUCUACGACCCCAAGCUGGGUACUGACCAGCCCCUGGACCAGGCCACCAUCAGCCUGCAGAUGGGCACCAAUAAAGGAGCCAGCCAGGCUGGCAUGACAGCGCCCGGGACUAAGCGGCAGAUCUUCGAGCCCGGGCUGGGCAUGGAACACUGCGACACGCUGAACGUCAGCCUCCAGAUGGGCAGCAACAAGGGGGCGUCCCAGCGGGGCAUGACUGUGUACGGGCUGCCACGCCAGGUCUACGACCCCAAAUACUGCCUGACACCUGACUACCCAGAGCUGGGGGAGCCCACCCACAACCACCACCCGCACAACUACUACAACUCUGCCUAAGAGGGGGAGGGGGAGGAGGGUCCCCUCCCAAGGGAGGCUGCUGCUAUUCUUGGCUGGACCCAGCAGGGGCCCAGCAGACCCCCCCCUCCUCCUGCAUGGCUUCACCCGACCCCCUGCCUACAGGGUUACAGUUUGGGAAGAGCAGAUUCCAUGGGCGGGGGGGGGGGGGCAGCAAUCUGCAAGGGGCAGAGUGGGGACCAGCCUCCCUGUAGUGCUGCAUGGUGUCCCCCCAAACGUCCACAGCAAAGUGAUUCCAGCUAUUCCCCACUGCCCUCACAAGUGGGUACUCCCCACCCUGGGAUCAAAGGCUCCCCUCCAACCCCACAAAUGAAGCCCCACCCCCCAGAGCCCAGGCUGGGCCUGCCCCCGCCCACCCCCCCAACAGCAGGUGCAAACUGCAUGCCCGGAGACGCAGGGGACACGCGCGGUUUGGUUUGCUGUGACUGGCGUCUGUGGAUGUGACAAGCGGUGUUUCGAACGCAAGCACUUUUUGUUUGUUUUGUUUUUAAUGUUUCUUUUUCUACUUCACUGGAGCACAAAUAAAUGGCUG